AUGAACUUUUUACAGGAUUAAUCUUGUGUUUUUUUCUUUAAAGAGUUCCUGUCGUGCUCAGGGUCUAUUGUUAUAGUGUGGAAAUCAAGGAAUAGCAAAACACACAUAGUUGAUGCAUUGUUUAGAUGUUUUUUUUUUAGCCUUGUUUUUUUGGAGAUGCGUAUCAUUUCAGGAAUGGACAUCACAUUGCCAAACCUUAAGAUGGGCCGUGUAGAUUUUGGAAUGUUUUAACAAAUUUUUUAGCACUUUUUUAUUGUUGUUAUUGUUGUCUUCUUGGUGGUUUUAAUUUAGCAUUCCAGAUUUGUUAUUUAUUUUUUUUAAUUUCUCCUUGAACAUGCCACUGAAAAGAAACAUAGGGAGUCCACUGAAGAAUGAUGCUUUUUAUCAGGCGUCGCAGACAAAGAGAGCUUGCAAAAACGCAGAUGACCUCCACGAGACAAUUCUUGUUAACCAAGAAAACAUGUUUUUCAAAGCCAGGCUUGACGAGGAGGAGGAUUCUGGCAUUAAAUCAGGUAGAGAAAGUCAUCUUUGUUGUAAAUUGUUUCCCAAGCGGCUUUAAUCAAAACUACUGCAUUGCUUUCUUUCAAAAAGUGCUGUUACAAAUUCUCAAUCUGCCGCCGGUGGGUUAUGAAUAGUUUUAACACACGUCACACAAUUGGAAAGCUAUGUAUGUUAUUCAUUUGGCAGAAGCGGAUGAAAGCAAUGCAAGCAUCUCCUCUGAAGAAGACCUGGGCCAUCUGGAUUAUUCCAAGCCAUUCGCUGCGAAACAAACGCAGCCAAAGAAAAGCAUCAGUCAGAUCAUCAAGGACAAGAAGAAGCAGACCCAACUUACUUUACAAUGGCUUGAGGACAAUUACAUAGUUUGUGAAGGUGUUUGUCUGCCACGGUGCAUCCUCUACGCUCAUUAUUUAGACUUUUGUCGGAAGGAGAAAUUAGAUCCUGCUUGUGCUGCCACUUUCGGAAAGACCAUAAGGCAGAAAUUUCCUCUUCUUACAACACGAAGGCUUGGAACCAGAGGCCAUUCAAAGUAUCAUUAUUAUGGUAUUGGAAUCAAGGAGAGCAGUGCAUAUUAUCACUCUGUUUACUCCGGGAAAGGUCUGACACGAUUCUCUGGAAGCAAGCUGAAAAAUGAGGGAGGAUUCACCAGGAAAUACUCGCUUAGUUCAAAAACAGGAACACUUUUACCCGAAUUUCCAAGUGCACAGCAUUUAGUGCUUCAGGACUCUGUUUCAAAAGAAAAGGUCUGUUCAUUUCCAGUAAAAAACACUGUAUACAUGAAGUGCAUUGACUUACUUACCUCAGAUUCUGUUCUUCUUCUUAUCUGUCAGGUCGACACGCUGAUUAUGAUGUACAAAACUCACUGUCAGUGCAUUCUGGACAACGCCAUUAACGUCAACUUCGAGGAGAUUCAGAACUUUCUGCUUCACUUCUGGCAGGGAAUGCCUGAGCAUCUCCUUCCACUGCUGGAGAAUCCAGUUAUUGUGGACAUUUUCUGUGUGUGUGACUCCAUACUUUAUAAAGUUCUGACAGAUGUUCUCAUUCCCGCUACUAUGCAGGAUAUGCCGGAGAGUCUUUUGGCAGAUAUUCGAAAUUUUGCCAAGCACUGGGAACACUGGAUGCUGUCUUCCUUGGAGAAUCUCCCAGAAAUCCUCUCAGAGAAGAAAGUGCCGAUAGCAAGACGAUUUGUGUCGUCCUUAAAGAGACAGACCUCAUUUUUACAUCUCGCACAGAUCGCAAGACCUGCCCUUUUUGACCAGAUUGUAGUGACAUCUAUGGUAAAUGAUAUCGAUAAAGUGGAUCUGAACAGCAUCGGGUCUCAAGCUCUUCUUUCAGUUACUAAUGACCAAGAUUCUGACUUCUACUCUGAAUAUGACUCAAUUUCAGUGUUUCAAGAGUUGAAAGACCUCCUGAGGAAAAAUGCUACAGUAGAGUCUUUCAUUGAGUGGCUGGACUCAGUGGUGGAGCAGAAAGUCAUCAAGCCCAGCAAGCAAAAUGGUCGAUCUGUAAAGAAGCGAGCUCAAGAUUUCCUUCUGAAGUGGAGUUUUUUUGGCGCUCGAGUGAUGCACAACCUCACUCUAAACAACGCGACCAGCUUUGGCUCAUUUCACCUCAUUCGGAUGCUUUUGGAUGAGUAUAUCCUACUGGCCAUUGAAACCCAAUUCAACAAUGACAAAGAGCAAGACCUUCAGAAUCUACUGGAAAAAUAUAUGAGGAGUGCAGAUGCUAGUAAGGCCACAUUCACCGCCUCCCCGAGUUCCUGUUUCUUGGCCAAUCGGAAUAAACCUGGUGUGUCGUCCAGUGAUUCGGCUGUGAAAGAUGAAAUUCCUCCAGAAGAUGAUUAUCUGACACUGGCAGCAGCACAGCAGGGGCUCGGGGCCGGCACUGUCGUCUACCAUAGCGCAGAUCCGGACAACUUUACUAUAGCUGGUCAGAUGGAUUUUUCCCAGAACAGUGCUCCUCUGAUGACCCCUCCGAUCUCUCCUGCCAUGAUGAACCGCAGUAGUGUGAUCAACCAGGGUCCGAUGGCGAUGCGUCCACAAACCAGCUGCCCUAUCCAGGGGCAGCUGCCCUGCCAGACCUUCCCCGAGCCCCUCUACCAGAGCCUCCACAAUCCUCCAUCUGGCUCCUACCCAAACGCCUCGUACUACCAGCCGAUGUUCAGAACGCAGACACACACAGAAAGCGGACGCUACGCUUUCUCUGGACAUCACCUGAGCAAAGACUGCUUCAGUAACAGCUGCACGGCAUCUCCAUACGGAACCAGGGGCUCGUCGGGUGGAUACACAGCUGCAGGUGAUGCUGGGAUGGAGACUGAAGCCGUUCAGAUGCUGGAGUCCUCAGGGUUUGGCUUUGGAGGAACGACUGGAGCUGCUGAUGGAUGUUCGGGUCCGGUUUGCAGCUCUGGACACAGUGGAUAUUACGGCAGCAGCAGUGGUUAUGUGGAUGCUCCGAGGAUGGGCACAUUUAUCGAUCAGCAUGUGUCGGUUAUCAGCAGCGUGAGCAGCAUUCGCUCAGUUUCGGCCUACGCUGAAGCACACGACCCUCUAAACAUCCUGGACGACACCAGCAGGAAGACAAGACCUUACUACACCGAACUGUCCGCAAUGGGCACACACACAGCAGGUCAGGGCAAAACAAUCCUUCUAGGGGAGCCUGCAGGUAGUUACACAGUCAAUUAUGGGAUAACGAGAAUUGGUUCCAAUUUAAACUUUUUUCUGAAUUUGUUUAUCUGUUUCUAUAAUUUCCCUGACAUUAAUGUUGUUUUUAAUAUUUGUCAAGGAUCCAGCAUUGCUCACUCCUGCUCGGUCUCAGCGCCCUGCAUGUAUGGAGCCCCUGCCCCUUAUCACUCCCAAAACACACUGCUGCCUCUCCAGGGAGCCACAGAGAUCAGAGAAAUGAUGUCGUCGCUUCCCCCCAUCAACACUGUGUUCAUGGGGUCAACCAGUGGACCACCCUGACCAACACCUUAUCUGUAAUUCAACAUCUGCUCUACUCACUGAAGGUCAGGCAUGCUUUAGGCCCUGUUUACACCUGGUGUUAACAAGCAUUUUUAGUGGUUUGUGGUUUGAUCACAAGUGGUAAGCUGAGAUGCAUCACAAUUGUAAGCAUUAAUGCUAUUAUGAACUCAGAUUUUCCUUGAUCUCUUGAGAUAUAUGAGGUAAAUAUACAAUAAAAAUACCCUUUAAAAAAUUAGUUCACCCAAAAAAUGAUAAUUCUGUUAUUAACUACUCACCCAUAUGUCCUUUCAAUCCUCUAAAACCUUCGUUCAUCUUCAGAACACAAAUGAAGAUAUUUUAGAUGAAAUCCUGGAGCUCUCUCAUCCUCCAUAGACAGCAACAGUCCUCUUCCAAAGUCCAGAAAAGGAAGCAAAAACAUUGUCAAAACAUUCAGUGUGGCUUUAGUGGUUCAAUUUUAAUCCCAUGAAGCUCCAAGUACACUUUUGACAUAGCACAGUAGCGCUAUUACAAGCAGAAAGAACAAGUAUACUACAUAGAAAUGAAUUAUUUGAGCAUACUGUGGUUUUCCGGUGAGCAUGUGCGGUUCAUUCCUGUAUAAGUGUAUGUGUAGACGAGCGGGAAAUAGAGUUAUUUCGAACUUCAAUGGCAGCAUAUAAUGGUCCAUUCUGGCAAUCUUGUGCUGUGGUCGGUGCACCAACAAACCACCUUUGCACAAGCCAUUGAAAUGAACGGGUUUCAUAGUGCAGCAUAUUCCACAUCCAGUACAAAACCUGCUUUAGACCGCGCAGUGACUAGAGCUGAAGGGAAAUAGAAACCUGCGCACUGAACACUGCUGGGUCCUGUCACGCAGCAUAGCCUUUUUUUAGCUCAAAUCUGGGAUGUAGACUGUCAAACUUACAGUACAUGCAGUAGUUUACGUUGGUGGACACAAAUUGAUUUUUUCAAACUUAUGAAAAUGUUCAAUUAAACUUUAGCAUUUACUUCUAAGUGAAGAUU